AUGCACUUGACGUUGGGAUACCCAGAUCUCUUGAUGCACAUGCCAAGGAUCCCGCUUGCCCUGGCCGGGUUGCGACGGCGCUUCGGCGCCAAGGAACGACGCAUGCCCGUGACUCCAGACAUGUUGAAGUGGCUUGGGGAUCAUCUGCAGUAUGGAAGGGCCGAGGAAGCUAGCCUCCUUUCGGGCGCCCUCACCUUGGGAUUUUUCUUCCUACUUCGGGCUUCGGAAUACCUUGAUGUCGGGUACCAAGAUCCCAGAAGAGGCCUGCGUGGGUCCGACGUCACCUUGAAGCUCAAUGGCAAUGCCGUGGCGGUGAACCGGAUCAGCGAAGUUGACGAAGUCACCCUUCUGGUGCGAGGAUCCAAGACAGACAUCUACAAUCGGGGACAGGUCAGAAACCACUUUCGCACUGCGGAAAAGGUGUGUGUUGUGAAAUCCGUCAGGGCAGUUAAAGGUUUGGGACUCCGGAAGGGGACCUCGGCGCUCACUCGCUGUGGGGCAAGUGCCCUGUGGGCACAGUACCAAGACACCUCCCUAGUGAAGCGCUGGGGACGAUGGGCCUCAGACAGCUUCCAAACCUACAUAUGGGAGGUUUGGGUUGAGCUGAAGGGCGACCACUUCCAAGAUCUCCACGGCGACUUCUUUGAAGGCUACUUUGGAAGCCACGGAGCGCAAGCCACAGAUGACCUACUGGGUCCGCGGCGCGUUUCGCGCCCGGAACCUCCAGAAGAAGAGCAUGAGACACUCACGGUAGCCCUCACAGAGUUACUGGCAGUUGUGCUGCUUGCCGUGCACCAGCAUCAGAAGUGGAUCGGGAAGAUUGUACUUUAUUUUGGAGACAACCAAGUGGUAAUUGCUUGGCUAGGCAAAAGACAAGCAAAGCAUCCCAUGGCCAGCUUCCUUCUCCAGACUCUUGCAGCGAUUGAAGCUUGCCAUGGCUUCUUCCUCCACUCGGCUUACCUGCGGACCUACCACAACGUGGUCGCCAACGCCCUCACCCGAGAGGACGCGAAGGAGGUUAUGGAAAAG